AUGAUGAGAAGAGCAUCUGUUGGAUUUAUAAUAUUUAUUGGAUUGGUUAUUUAUUAUCGUAAGGAGUGUCUUAUUUUAGUACAAAGAUGGAUAUUUAGGGGAACAAUAAAAUCUAGUGAUCAUAUUGUGGAGAAUUUUAUGGAAAGUUAUAAACUGUCAGUGCCGAUAAAACAAUAUAGAUAUGCAGAAGUAAAAAGAAUGACAAACUCAUUUCGAGAUAAAUUAGGUCAAGGAGGAUAUGGUACUGUGUACAAAGCAAGCUUACCUGAUGGUCGUCAAGUGGCUGUGAAAGUAAUAAAAGAGUCCAAGGGAAAUGGAGAAGAAUUCAUAAAUGAAGUUGCUAGCAUUAGUAGAACAUCACACGUCAAUAUUGUCUCACUUUUGGGUUUUUGUUAUGGAAACAAAAGAGCGUUGAUAUAUGAAUUCAUGUCCAAAGGGUCAUUGGAUAAUUUCAUCCUUAAAAGUGGGUCUUCUCAUUCUGUUUGUAGUUUGGAUUGGAACACAUUAUCCAAAAUUGCAAUGGGAAUUGCUCGAGGCUUAGAAUACUUGCAUCAAGGAUGUAUUUCAAGGAUAUUGCAUCUUGAUAUCAAACCUCAAAAUAUUCUUUUGGAUGAAGAUUUUUGCCCAAAAAUAUCUGAUUUUGGACUAGCUAAAAUAUGUCAAAGAGAUGAUAGUGUUGUGUCUAUACUUGGUGCACGAGGAACUAUAGGAUAUAUAGCUCCAGAAGUAUUUAGUCGAACAAAUGGCGGAGUUUCUCACAAAUCAGAUGUAUACAGUUAUGGUAUGUUAAUGUUAGAUAUGAUUGGAAGAAGAAAGAAUUCAGGCGCUAGAGAUUCAUGUACUACUGAAUAUUUUCCAGAUUGGAUUUAUAAAGAUCUUGAGCAAGAUAAUAACUCUGUGAAUUGUAUAGCAAAUUCGGAGGAAGAGAAUGAUAUGGUGAGAAAAAUUACUAUGGUAAGUCUAUGGUGCAUUCAAACAAAACCAUCAGAUAGACCUUCAAUUAGUAAAGUAAUAGAAAUGCUACAAGGACCACUUCAGUCGGUUCCAUAUCCUCCCAAACCUUUUUUAAACUCUCCUGAAAUUCCAAUAUUGCAAACUUCAUGCGUGCCUUCAAGCAGUUUGUCAGAAACAAAGUCAUCAACCUUAUCGGGGAAUGCUUCCAUAAAAACAAAUAAGUUCAGCAAAGACAACAAUGAAGAUGUGAUUGUAGUGUAAAAAAUAAUUUGUUGAUAUUUGAAUACAACUUUGCAUAUACUUUGUUUAAACCUCAAAAAGGUCGUAUAUUUUUAGUUGUUUUUUAUUGAUGACACAUAUAUGACAUUAAAAAAUUCAUAAAAAAAGUGAGACACAUAUUUGUCAUCAAUAAAC